CGAGGUUGUGUCGGGCGGUUAGGUGCGGCGGGAGCUUUUUUUUUAACUGGCCCGCCAGCCAUGACGAUCACCUACAGCUGUAUUGCUAAUGGCCGAGCGGUCCUAGCGGAGCUGUCCCUGACCGGAGGCUCCUAUCAGGAAGCAGCGGCAACGGUGCUUCGAAUGGUUCUUCUUAGAGCUGAGCCAAAGACCAUAAUGCAGAUGGGAAGCUUUGUCUACCAUACUCUCUUUAUUGAUGGAAUCACUUACCUAUGUGCUACAGACAAUGCCUUGGAUACUAUAACACCAUCUGCAUUUCUUAAAAACGUUAGCGACACUUUUCUGAGAAAUCCUUUGAUGUCACAAGAACAUUUUUCUCCUUCAAAUGCAGUUGCUGGAGAUUUUCAACAAGUAUUAGGGAAGUAUAUGAUGCAAUACAAUAAAAAUCAAGGUGAUAGCUCAAUAUCUACACUGAGGAGCCAAGUAACUGAAGUAAAAAAUAUUAUGUCCAAAAAUAUUGAUGAAAUUUUGGAAAAUGAAGAAAGAUUGAAUAUCUUCACUGAUAAAACCAAUGAUCUCCAAACAACUGCCAAAGAGUCCCAAAAAACAAGAAAGAUUCUCAGGAGGAGAUGGUGGAAACACUUCAGAAAGAUUAUAAUCAUCACUGUGAUCAGAAAAUAGCCAAGUUCAAUGACAUGUUCAAAGUCACACACCUAGAAAGCUGAGAUUUUCUGAAUUCAAGUCCUGGCUGUUGUAUAUAUGAAAUCUGUAUCUUUAACUCAGAGUAUAUUAUCUGACCCCUCAAUUGUGGUCCAGAUAAGACACAUGGGAGUAUUUUUGCU